CCCAGAGAUCUUGUUAACUAAUAAGUAAAGAACAUACAUAUACUAUACUAUAUGCCAUGCCUAGUGGUGGUAGCAGGAACUCUCUUGUUGUUGGAAGAGUGAUUGGGGAUGUGUUGGACCCUUUUCAAAGCACAAUGCCUAUGAGAAUAUCAUACGGUAAUAGAGAUGUAACCAAUGGCUGUGAGCUUAAGCCUUCUCAUGUAGUCAACCAGCCUAGAGUUACUAUUGGUGGAGAUGACCUCAGGAAUUUCUACACCCUGUUAUGUGAUUACAUGUUGGUGACUGAUAUUCCAGCAACAACAGGAGCUAAUUUUGGUAAUGUGAUAGUGAACUACGAAAAGCCACUACCAACCAUGGGGAUUCAUCGUUUUGUGUUUGUGUUGUUUCGACAACCGGGAAGACAAACAGUAUAUGCUCCUGGAUGGAGACAAAACUUCAACACAAGAGAGUUUGCUGAGCUUUAUAAUCUUAGUUCACCUGUUGCUGCUCUCUUCUUUAACUGUCAAAGGGAGUCUGGAUCUGGUGGAAGAACAAUGAUGAAUUAACAGUAUACUUUUGUGCAUGUGGUAUACUUAAUUUCUCCAUUGAUAUAGAGAGCAACAGUGUACUUUUAAAGCAAAAAUAAAAAGAUAAUACAGUAUCAAUGAUAGUGUUAUACAUAUACACAUUAUAUAAAAUCAGUUCACAACAUAAUUUUUAUUGUUUUGCUUAAGAAAAAAUACAAUGAAUUAUGUACUUCUCUGGUGUAUUCAAACAUAUUAUAUA